AUGUCAGGCCUGCUCUCAGUCUUCUUCCACCUCCUCUUUCUCUUCAAGUUGGUUGCCCCAGUGACCUUUCGCCACCACCGCUAUGAUGACCUUGUGCGGACGCUGUACAAGGUGCACAACGAAUGCCCCUACAUCACGCGGGUUUACAGCAUCGGGCGCAGUGUGAAGGGGAGACACCUCUACGUGCUGGAAUUCAGCGACUACCCUGGAAUCCACGAGCCCUUGGAACCGGAAGUCAAGUACGUGGGGAACAUGCACGGCAACGAGGUGCUGGGCCGCGAGUUGCUGCUGCAGCUGGCGGAGUUCCUGUGCGAGGAGUUCCGGAACGGGAACCAGCGCAUCGUGCGGCUUGUGGAGGGCACGCGCGUGCACAUCAUGCCGUCCAUGAACCCAGACGGCUACGAGGUGGCUGCAGCCCAGGGCGCAGACAUUUCUGGAUACCUGGUUGGCAGGAACAACGCAAAUGGAGUGGACCUGAACCGAAACUUCCCCGACCUCAACACCUAUGUCUACUACAAUGAGAAACACGGAGGCCCUAACCACCACCUGCCCCUCCCAGACAACUGGAAGAGUCAGGUGGAGCCCGAGACUGAGGCUGUGAUCCACUGGAUCCGCUCCUUCAACUUUGUUCUUUCAGCCAAUCUCCACGGAGGAGCAGUGGUGGCCAAUUAUCCAUAUGACAAGUCCCUGGAGCAUCGGGUCCGAGGGGUGCGCCGCACUGCCAAUACCCCCACACCCGAUGACAAGCUUUUCCAGAAGCUGGCCAAGGUGUACUCCUACGCACAUGGAUGGAUGCACCAAGGAUGGAACUGUGGGGAUUACUUCCCAGACGGCAUCACCAAUGGGGCCUCCUGGUAUUCUCUCAGCAAGGGAAUGCAAGACUUUAACUAUCUCCACACCAACUGUUUUGAGAUCACACUGGAACUGAGUUGUGACAAGUUUCCCCGCCAAGAGGAAUUACAGCGUGAAUGGCUGGGUAAUCGGGAAGCCCUAAUCCAAUUCUUGGAACAGGUACACCAGGGCAUCAAGGGAAUGGUGCUUGAUGAGAAUUAUAAUAACCUUGCAGAGGCUGUCAUUUCUGUUAGUGGGAUUAACCAUGACGUCACUUCGGGUGACCAUGGCGAUUACUUCCGGCUACUGCUUCCAGGUACCUACACUGUCACUGCCACAGCACCGGGGUUCGACCCAGAGACAGUGACCGUGACCGUGGGUCCUGGAGAACCAAAACUGGUUAACUUCCAUCUCAAGAGAAGCAUCCCUCAAGCAACCCCUACGAGGAGAGUUCCCAGCCCAGGGCACGGACGCAGAAUCUUACCAAAGAAAGUGCAGCCCCGGGUCAGCUAG